UACGAGGGCACAGCGGUGCGUAUAACAAUGACCAAGAGUUUGGCCGAUAUACGGCGCGGCGAAAGCUCGUCGGCGGCGACUCGCGGAAGCGCUCGUCCACAGCGAUGAGAAGGCGAGCGGCAGAGAGAAUUAGGAGGAGAUUGUUAAAUUGAAGCGAGAGCUGGUUUGGUAACGGGACGCGUCGGGCGGUCCGCGGCGCGGGGGGAGCAGCCAGCUGCGGGGAAUACGUGAGUAGCCGGAGCUCAUCCGCUCAGUAUGCAGCGGGCGAUCGGCGCCGCUGCAAGUGAACCGGUCGGUCAAGCGCCGAGCAUGCCGGCAGUAUGCGCAAGCGACGCGGCAGCCUGAGCAGCGGCCUGCUGGGCCUGGCCGCGGGCCUGUUGCUGGGCCUGCUGCUGCUGGGCCAGCAGCAGCCGCAGCGCCCGCGACCGCAGGCGCGCGCCGGCAACGCGUCCACGCGGCGCGCGCCGCCCGGCCAGGGGCAGCCCGAGGAGGACGAGCAGGGCGGGCUGCUGUACGUGGGCGUGAUGACGGCGAGCAAGUACCUGGAGACGCGCGCGCGCGCCGUGCACGAGAGCUGGGCGCGCGAGGUGCCCGGACGCGUGGGCUUCUACUCGUCGGCGGACUCGCGGCCGCCGCGCUCCUACCCGCAGCUGCCGCUGGUAGCCCUGGGCGGCGUGGACGACAGCUACCCCCCGCAGAAGAAGUCCUUCCUGAUGCUGCAGCACAUGUGGCAGCGCUACGGGCAGCGCUACGAGUGGUUCAUGCGCGCCGACGACGACGUGUACGUGCGCAUGGACCGGCUGGAGGAGCUGCUGCGCUCGGUGGACGCGCGGCGGCGCGCUCGCUACAUCGGCCAGGCGGGUCGCGGCAAUAGCCACGAGUUUGGCCUGCUGUCGCUCGAGUACGACGAGAACUUCUGCAUGGGCGGGCCCGGGGUGCUGCUGUCGCGCGAGGCGCUGCGCCGCGUGGUGCCGCACAUCGGCUACUGCCUGCGCAACCUCUACACGGCCCACGAGGACGUGGAGCUGGGCCGCUGCGUGCGCCGCUUCGCCGGCGUGGCCUGCACCUGGAACUACGAGAUGCAGUCCAUCCUGUACCACAACGCCAGCGGCCAGCUGGCCUUCACGGGGCGGCUGAAGAGCGCGCAGAUCCACCGCGCCAUCAGCAUGCACCCGGUCAAGAGCGCGCCCCACAUGUAUCGCCUGCACAACUACGUGCGCGCGCUGCGCCUGCAGGAGCUGCAGCAGCGGAGCCUGGAGCUGCGCGGCGAGGCGGCGGCAGGCCGGCGACCCGCGCCCGCGCGCCCACCGCCGCGUUGGGACCUGGUGGCGCGCUCGCAGUUCAGCCUGGGCGAGAGCAACCCGCGGCGGCGCGUGCGUGGAGACGUGCGCGAGGCCCUGGAGGACGCGACGCGCGAGGUGCUGGCAUCCAUCAACGCCUGCUCGCGGCAGCGCGGCCGCUUCGUGGAGGAGCGCCGGGCGCUCUACGGCUACCGCGCGAUGCGGCCGCAGCGUGGGGCCCUCGCCGUGCUGGACCUGCUGCUCAUGUACCGCAAGUACCGCGGGCGCAAGAUCAGCCUGCCGGUGCGCCGCCACCUGCAUCUGCGCCAGCGCUUCGCCGGCCUGGAGCGGCGGCUGGUGCGCGCGCCGGCGACCGAGCCGCCGGUGCACCUGGUGCUGCCGGUGAUGGGCCGCGGCGGCGCGCUGCGGCGCUUCCUCGAGACGCUGGAGCGCGAGUGCCUCGCCGCCGGGGAGGCGGCGCGCCUGAUCGUCGUGCAGUACCCGGGCGGCGAGGAGCUGGCCGACCUGGAGGCGCGGCUGGCGCGGCUGCGCGCGCGCUACGGGCCCGAGGCCGCGCGGCUGGUGCGCCCGGGCGGCGAGCGCUUCUCGCGCGCGCGCGCCCUGGAGGCGGGCCUGCGGCUGCUCGCGGCCCCGCAGCUGGCGCUGCUCGUUGACGUGGACAUCGAGGUGGGGCGCGGCGCGCUGGCGCGCGCCCGCCGCAACGCGCUGCUCGGCCAGCGCAUCUACUUCCCCGUGGUGUUCAGCGAGUUCGCGCCGGAGAUGGUGGGCCAGCUGCCGCCCGCGGAGCGCCGGCCGCCCGCACCCGGCGCCGGCUUCUGGCGCCAGUUCGGCUUCGGCAUCGUGGCGCUGUACAAGCGCGACUACGAGGCCAUCGGCCGCCUCGACCUGGACAUCGAGGGCUGGGGCAAGGAGGACGUGGACCUCUACGAGAAGGCCGUCCGCUCGGGCCUGGAGGUGUUCCGCGCGGCGGACCCGCAGCUGCUGCACGUCCACCACGGGGUGCGCUGCGACGCGCGCGAGCUCCAGCCGCGCCAGCUGGGCAUGUGCCGGGGCACGCGGGCCGACACGUACGCCUCGAGCCCGCAGCUGGCCGGCCUGCUGUAUCGCGAGCCGCGCUACCUGCUGUUCGCCGCCAACGCCAGCGCCCCCAGUGCUUGACGCUCCGCGCCACAGUGCCAUCGGCAGAUUCGCCGUGCGCGCCCCAGCGGCGGCGCGCCGUUUGUAAGCCGCCGGCAGUCGGCUGCUCGAAUAAAGUUGUC